GCGGGGCACGCCGGGACCGCCGCGCGCCGCUCGCGCCUCCCAUGGUGCCCCGCGGCGGCUGAAUGGGGCAGAGCCAAGAUGGCGGCGAGCGCGGCCCCGGCGGGCGGCGGGUCCCUGUUCGAGUGCCCGAGCUGGGCAGGGAAACCACCACCUGGCUUACAUCUGGAUGUAGUCAAAGGAGACAAACUCAUUGAGAAACUCAUCAUUGAUGAGAAGAAAUACUAUCUCUUUGGGAGAAACCCUGAUCUGUGUGAUUUUACCAUUGACCACCAGUCUUGCUCUCGGGUCCAUGCUGCCUUGGUCUAUCACAAACAUCUCAAGAGGGUUUUCCUCAUAGAUCUGAACAGCACACAUGGCACGUUCUUGGGCCACAUCCGUUUGGAAGCUCACAAACCCCAGCAGAUCCCCAUUGACUCCACGGUUUCCUUCGGAGCCUCCACCCGAGCGUACACUCUGCGGGAGAAGCCGCAGACGCUGCCCUCCGCAGUGAAAGGGGACGAGAAGAUGGGUGGUGAGGAUGAGGAGCUGAAGGGCUUGCUGGGGCUGCCAGAGGAGGAGACAGAGCUGGAUAAUCUGACAGAGUUUAAUACAGCCCACAACAAAAGGAUCUCCACGCUGACCAUUGAGGAAGGAAACUUGGACAUCCAGAGGCCAAAGCGAAAACGGAAGAACUCCAGAGUGACGUUCAGUGAUGACGAUGAGAUCAUCAACCCGGAGGACGUGGACCCGUCUGUGGGGCGGUUCCGGAACAUGGUACAGACAGCAGUGGUCCCUGUUAAGAAGAAGCGCCUGGAGAACGCGGGCUCGCUGCCCACGGACGAGUCGGCGUCACGGCGCAUGCAGAGCUUCCCCUACAGCGGAGGAUUGUACGGGGGGCUGCCCCCCACCCACAACGAGGCGGGGUCGCAGUCCCACAGCGUCCACGGCACCGCGCUCAUCGGGGGGCUGCCAAUGCCCUACCCCAACCUCGCCCCCGAUGUGGACUUGACUCCAGUUGUGCCCUCCACAGUGAACAUGAACCCCGCUCCAAACCCCGCUGUCUUCAACCCUGAAGCUGUGAACGAACCCAAGAAGAAGAAAUACGCCAAGGAGGCCUGGCCGGGCAAGAAGCCGACCCCGUCCCUGCUGAUCUGAGUUGGGCUGAGGGAGGGUAGGAGUUACCAACUCCAGAAACUUUCAUGUGCGGUAUCGUCUUUUUAAAAUUUCAGUGUCCUAACAGAUGUAAUACCAAGAUUGGAGGAGUGAAAUAUCCUUUAAAGAUCUGUCUUCAAAUGUUUUUAUAUGUCUGUUAUAAAAAAAAAAAAUACAGUUCCUGUCUCCUUUUGAACCAAAACCCCUACAGCCUUUUCUUAGCCACCGCUGUCCCAGAGGUGUCUGUGCCGAGUUUGGAUCCAUGAGUCAAAGGGGCAGUCACACAAUUUCAUUGUCACUUAUGGCAUGACCCUGCAGGUCCGUGUAUUUCAGUGCUGGGCUCACUGUGGUGACACUGUUCCUGCUGGACAUUCUCACAGCAGGGCAGCUCUGUCAAGAGGAAAUGUUUGUGGGGCCAAGCCUUGCAGAAUCCCAUUGGAAGGAGUUGUAAAACUUGCAGAAUAUAGGUCAACGUUUAUUUUUUAUAUUUUCAAAACCCCACCAGUGUGGGGCAUCAUCUUUUUUAUUAUUAUUAGUUCAGCUACAGCUUGUUUUGAUUUCCACAUAAAACACUAGAUCAUCCCAUGAGUUGAGAUGGAUAAGCAGGGAAGCAGGUGGGUUCCUUAGUUUUGUUCCAGUGCUGCAGAAUAGGGACUGUGGGAUGGAUACAGGGUGCAAAUGGUUGGGGUGUCCAACAGGAUCAGGCACUGUGCCAUGGUGACUCCCCUGAAUAACCAGGGUAAAGUUAACACAGUGGAGUUUGAGACUUGAUGGCCCCUGUCACUUAAAUAGUUUCAUUUUUAUUUGCAAAUGGAACUUUAGAGUAUAUGAGAUUCAUCAAGACAAAAAGCUGGGAGGACUGGUGUGUUCCCUACACCUAAUAUUUUGGCUGCUGGGAACUGCAGGAGAGAAUUGAGUGCUACUGAGAGCCAGAAUAGGAAUUCUCAGUGGACUUGGGUUGUUGCUCAAGCCCUUUAGUUCCUUGGGUUUAUAUUUGAAAAUUAUUCACAUAUUCAGAUAUAGCAAGGUAAGGCCAGAGCUUUGUACAGACUCUAAUGCAGUUCAGCUACAAGUCACAUUCCUUUGCUGUUUGGGGGAUCCAGGAAGUGUGCACCAAAAUGAGAGCAUGUACCUGGCUGUUCCCUGUGUGCAGGACUGCAGCUGUUUGGGGAGGUAGUGGCAGGUUGUUGGGGCAGGGCUGUUCAGUGAGCUGGGAUGCUGGAUGCUGCUGUGUUCCAGUGAGCUGGGAUGCUGGAUGGUGCUGGAUCAGUGCUGUGUUCCACUCAGAUGGGGUGCUGGAUGCACCAGACCCGUUUCAGACAGAUGCCCCAAAGUCUUGAGUUCUGCUCCACAAUAAUUGCUUCUAUCAUGUCCCUGAGGUGCCAGCAGGCAGCUGCCCAGCUCACAAGAGCCAUGGCUUUAGAGACUGCUCUGUUCCCUCCCCACACCAUCACAUGCAGCUCAGCCUGUUCCUUGUGUGGAUUCAGCACCUGCUCCAUGAUCCAGCUCUGCUGCUCUGUGUUUAAGUUGCCAUUGAUGAUUCAGCUGUUGGGCAUUUGUUCUGCUUCCCAGUGCUCCCACAAUGACUCAAAAUUUCAUCUCUAUAGUCUGGCCUGUACAGUUUUCAUUUCCCAGCCAGUUGCUUUCUGAAGGCAACUCUUUAGAGUAAGAUUAGUCAGGACAAACAAAAGUUGAGCAGGUUUCCUUCUUUUUAUUUUGGGGAUUUUUUUGUUUUAUUUUGGGGGGAAGAGGGUUGGGGGUUUUUUGGUUUUUUUUUUUGCAAGUGGCUCUUUGCAAGAUUUUUCUUGACAAGGGAAACUUCACUGCUCAUUUUUUUAAAGCUCUUCUCCUCUCAGACUCUGAACCAGCUCUUAUUAUUUCAGAGCUUAGAAGCCACAGCUGGCCACGAGGGGACAGGAACAUCAAGGAGCUUUGUACAGACAUUUGUACACUUGUGUAAUAUGUAAUAGGCCUUUUCACACUUCUGUUGAGCUUUUUACCUGUAACCUUUACUAUGUUGUAAAUUAAAUGCAGAUUUUGCCAGG